CCUUGACCACACCCUUCACUCUUAUGAUCAUUUUAUCAGCUCAACAACUUGUUCGAAAGCUGUCUUCUCUUCUACUAUUACCUAACACUGCCCCUUUAAAGUAAAGAGAGGAGGAUGGGAGUGGAGACGAGCCGGGUCGUCAGCCCCGAGGAAGACACCAUUGAUGCAUACAUUGAUAGAGACGGAGGCUAUCUCGUCAACAGGCACAGAAAGACAGCCACCAUGACUACAGUGGAUAUUGGUCUUAGUCAAGAGAAAGAGGACUAUAACGAGAACCGUCCCCCUGAUCCUAACUCAUUCUGCAACUUCCAAGAAACGACUUUACUUCAAUUUCAAUCCCUUAUUGUCUCCUCACGCAAUGAUCAGCAACUAGCAUUAACUCUAGAAAAGAAACUAAAAUUAAAUUCGUCUUUUGUCGAGGGAGCACUUAGAAGAGCAGUCGUAUCAAGGAAACUAGAUCUAAUGACUCAUGCUCUUGAAGUUAAUAGGCUAAUUCCACAGGAUUCUCUCUUUAAAGUUAGCGAUGGGUUCUUGCUCCAGCUAAUACACAGAACCGUCUCGUUGAAAGAGAUUGAGCUACUACGCUCUCUUCUCUCUUAUAUCUCUUUGUCACUCGAAACAAAGAGAGAGCUUCAGAAUAUUGCGAUACUGGCUGCCCAGUGUGACUUCCUUGAUGCAGUUCAACUUUUAUGCUCGAAAUUCCCAUCCUGCCUUGAGCAAACAUUUCAGGGGCACUCCCUUCUAAUUACCAUGGCAUCGCAGAGAGCUGAUUCUUCUGUUCAGUUUAUGUCGUAUCUCCUCGAAAACGGAGUCGACGUGAACACUCAAGAGCCAAGCGGUGACACAGCACUCCAUGUUGCUAUAAGAGAGAAUAACAUUGAGGGGAUCAAGGUGCUAUUGGAGCAGAAUGUUUGCUUGUAUUUGAAGAACUCUCAAGGAUUAACGCCAUUGGAACUAGCACAAGGACAAGUGAAUGCUUUACUAAGCAGCUGCUCUUCUCCACAACCUCAUGAAGUAUCGUUAUAUGCUGCUGCUAAAGAAGGAAAGAGAGAGUCUGUCCAGCAGCUACUCAACAGUGGUGUUAGCAUCAAUUCUAAAUGGGUCAAUGGUCAUACUGCUUUAUGUGCUGCUUCUAUGAAUGGCGAUGCUGAUUUGACACAUUUUUUGCUUGCUCAGGGUGCCGCCAUAUUCCCUCCUGGUAAUACAUGGCCCGAGCUACCUGUUGUACAUGCACUGACAAAUAAUCAUACAGACAUUGCAUGCCUUCUCAUUGAAAGUGUAGCAAAUGAAUAUGAAAAGCUAAACAAGAAAGAGAAAGAACAUAUUCACACUCAGCUGGUCUCUCUUCUCCAUUAUUCUGCUAGGAUUAACGCAGUGGCCAUAGCAACCCUCAUUUUACGUUCUAAAUUUCACAUUGAUCUCAAUUCGUCUUUUAUAUCUGGUCUUUCGCCACUACACGAGGCUUGUCGCUGUGGCCAUCUUGACAUGGUAAAGUUGUUAUUGUUGUAUGGGGUUGAGGCUAACCUCUUAAGCAACUUUUAUCUCAACAGUCCCUUGCAUUAUGCUUCUUUUUAUGGGCACACCCAUGUUGCCGCCUACCUUUUAAAAUACCCCGAAGUUGACAUAGAUAUUGAAAACAAACAGCACGAAAGCCCCCUCUAUUGUGUUCUGCAUGGUCAAUUGACAGCCGAAGAGAAGAGCUACCCCAAGGAGUCCUCGAUUAUAUUUUUAUUGCUUCGCGGAGCUAAGCUUCUUAAGCCUGGACGCAAAAACUGUGAGUUGUCUCAGUUUGAUCUUUUAUACGCUCAGCAGCGCUGGGACUUUAUUCCGCUACAAACUCAGAAACUCAUUAUUGUCGUUAGAAAUGAGAUCAGACCUCACUCAUUGAUGAAUGCUGCAAGGUUUUGCAUUAGGUCUUCAUUAAACGUCCCAGUUAAUGAUGAUAUACUGGAUAAAAUAGGACUGCCUUAUAGGAUGAGGAACUAUGUACUACUGAAAGACUGGUUCCCCAAUGAUUAUUGAUACACGUAUUUUUGUAAAUUUUGUUUGAAUUUUAAAAUUUUUUUCUUGACUAUCACGCACAAUUAAGAGAUUAUAA